UCUCUGUGCUUAUUCCUGCAUGUGAGCACUCCAUGCUGUUUGUGUGAGUUUUUGGACUGUUGUCUUUAGGUAGUCUAUCUUAAUCGAUCCCUUAUAACAUUAAAGAUGAGCAUCUCGAUGCCGCAGAAGCGCUAUUACCGGCAGAGGGCUCACUCCAACCCGAUGGCCGACCACACUUUCGAGUAUCCAGUUUGUCCAGAGGAGAUGGACUGGUCACAGCUUUACCCCCAGUAUUUUAGCCCACCUCAUGGAGAAGACGGAACCGGUCUGGAUAAAGGAAAAGCUCAAGUGGAGUUUGCUGAUAUCGGCUGUGGAUACGGCGGCCUGCUCGUGGAGUUAUCACCUCUGUUCCCAGAUCAGCUGAUUCUGGGUCUGGAGAUUCGGGUAAAAGUUUCAGACUACGUACAGGACCGCAUUCGCUCACUUCGAGCUGCUGAGCCUGGAAAGUACCAGAACAUCGCCUGCCUCCGGAGCAAUGCUAUGAAGUACCUUCCUAACUUCUUCACUAAAGGACAGCUCAGCAAGAUGUUCUUCCUGUUUCCGGAUCCACACUUCAAGAAAACGAAGCAUAAGUGGAGGAUCAUCAGCCCCACAUUACUUGCUGAAUACGCCUACACGCUCAGAGUUGGGGGUUUAGUGUACACAAACACAGAUGUAGAAGAGGUGCACCUGUGGAUGGUGAAGCACUUCACAGAGCAUCCUUUGUUCAGCAGGGUGUCAGAGGAGGAGCUGAAGGACGAUGUCAUCAUCAGUCGUUUGGGAACAUGCACAGAAGAGGGAAAGAAAGUGCAGAGGAACGGAGGCAAGAACUACCUCGCCGUGUUCCGCAGAGUCGAGGAUCUGCGAUGACGCUGGCAUCCAGUGGAAGGAUGGAUCUGAUGACCGUCUGAACAGAAUAAGGACGUAACUGUCUUUGAGUGACCAGAACUGAAAAAGGACAUUGGGUAACAUCGGUUUCUCAGUCGUCCUCAUAAAGAACCUGGUACUGGAGCACCAUCUACAUUUAUUUAAAAUAAUGGCUCUUCAAGGGUUAUUUGGUAAGGUCAGUGGUUCUGUAUAGAACCAUGAACACUGAAAGAACAGUUUGCAUGCUUAAAUGGUUCUUUAAAUUGGUGUUGUAUAUGCUUUAUAUAGCACCAAAAAGAGUUCUGUUAUUGUUAUGGUGUCAUGCAUGUAUACAAUAGUAGAACUGUUAUUGCCGCUAUAUAGAGGGUUCUUUGGAGGGGGAUUAUAUAGAACAAUGAGUACUCAAAGAAUGUUUUAAAGGUUUGUUUACGUGGUUUGCAAGGGUUGUUCUUGAGAUUGAUGGAGACUAUGCAGUAUUUAUUUUAUUUUUUUUUAUGUAGAAUGUUUUCAAAAAAGUUCUGUGUAAAACCAAAUACAACACAUUCUCCAACGAUCUCAAACAUUUUACCAAUGUUUACAAAUAUUACUACUUAAUACAGUGGUUCUUUGAGUGUUCAUGGCUCUACAUAGAACCAUUUUUCUUUACUAAAGAAAAACCCUUGAAGAACUAUCUUUUUAGUAGUGUACUGCACUGUUUUUGGUGUACAGUAUCUCAGUGAUGGUAAAUAAUUCCAUGUUACAUCUUUUCUAUCCUAAAUGCUUUUAAUACAUUUAGUGGAUUUUUUUUGCAGGGCAGCGAAAAUUUAAGUUCAAAAUAAAACAGCGAACAAUUUC